AUGGUAGAACAGCAGCGGAAUGGUAAGGGCCCACCUUCGAAUGGAAAUGCGGGUGGAGGCGGUCAAUACUCCAUAAAUUUGGAUAUUUUUGUUGGACGAUUACGUGCUCUUUACGCUCACUGGAAGGAAAAUAAAGAUGAGUUCUGGGGAUCUGCUGAUUUUUUUGCAAUCGCUACACCUCCUGCUUCAGAUGAUCUGCGUUACCUGAAGUCUUCAAGCCUGAACAUGUGGCUUCUUGGAUAUGAAUUUCCUGAGACUAUCAUGGUUUUUGGAAGCAAACAAAUCCAUUUUUUGUGCAGCCAGAAGAAGGCUGAUUUACUGAAGAGUGUGAAAGGAUCUGCCAAGGAGGCUGUUGGGGUGGAUGUCAUCAUGCAUGUGAAGUCAAAAGGAGAGGAUGGAACGACUCAAAUGGAUGCUGUGCUGAACUCAAUGCAUACACAGGCAAAAUUAGAGCGUCAGAGCAGUCCCAGAGUUGGUUAUAUUGCAAGAGAGGUUCCUGAAGGGGUGCUUUUGAAGAAAUGGGACGAUAAGCUGAAGAAUUCUGGCCUUGAGCUGUGUGAUGUGACCAAUGGCUUCUCUGAUCUUUUUGCUGUUAAAAGCCAGGAUGAAAUAACCUUUGUCAAGAAAGCAGCAUUUUUGAGUGCUUCUGUAAUGAAGAAUUUUGUCGUGCCAAAACUUGAGCGGGUUAUUGAUGAGGAAAAAAAAGUUACUCAUGCUUCAUUAAUGGAGGAGACAGAAAGGGCUAUUAUGGAUCCUGCCAAAAUCAAGGUAAAGCUUAAAGCUGAAAACGUGGAUAUCUGCUACCCUCCAAUCUUUCAGAGUGGUGGGACCUUUGACCUCAGACCUAGUGCUUCAAGCAAUGAAGAUCCUCUAUUUUAUGAUUCCAACAGUAUUAUCAUCUGUGCACUUGGAUCACGGUACAACAGCUAUUGUUCUAACGUUGCAAGAUCUAUUCUCAUUGAUGCCAAUAGUACUCAAAGCAAAGCUUAUGAAGUUCUUCUCAGAGCCCAUGAGGCUGCAAUUGGAGCAUUGCGGCCUGGGAAGCAAGCUAGUGCAGUCUAUGAGGCAGCUGUUGCAGUGGUUAAGAAGGAUGCCCCUGAGUUUCUGCCCAACCUGACUAAAUCUGCUGGGACAGGCAUUGGACUGGAGUUUCGUGAGUCGGGAUUGAUUCUUAAUGCUAAGAAUGACCGGCUGCUUAAAGCUGGGAUGGUCUUCAAUGUGUCGCUAGGUUUUCAGAAUUUGCAAGCUGAAUCAGAGAACCCUAAAGCUCGAACUUUUGCAUUAUUACUUGCAGAUACAGUUACUAUCACCGAUGCUAGUUAUGAGGUGGUGACUAAUUUGAGCUCAAAAAGUGUCAAAGAUGUGUGCUAUUCAUUCAAUGAAGCGGAGGAGGAAGAAGAACUGCCAAGAGCACAAGUGGAAUUGGAGGCCAAGGAACCCCAGUAUUCAAAGGCAACUUUGCGUUCAGAUAACCAGGAGAUGUCGAAAGAAGAACUCCGGAGGCAACAUCAGGCUGAACUUGCCCGGCAGAAGAAUGAAGAAACUGCCCGACGUCUGGCUGGCGUGGAUUCAGUUAGUGGAACAAACAGGAAUUCUUUGAAGACGUCCAGUGAGCUAAUUGCUUACAAGAGUGUUAAUGAUUUACCACCUCCAAGAGAGAUGAUGAUACAAGUUGACCAGAAGAAUGAAGCUGUUCUUGUGCCUAUUUAUGGGGUCAUGGUUCCUUUCCAUGUUUCUAUGGUGAAAACAGUCUCAAGUCAGCAGGACACAAACCGUAACUGUUAUGUCCGGAUAAUAUUCAAUGUACCUGGUACUCCUUUCAAUCCCCAUGAUGCCAACACAAUAAAGAAUCAGGGUGCUAUCUUCCUGAAGGAACUCUCAUUCCGCUCUAAAGAUCCACGGCACAUAAGUGAAGUGGUACAGCAGAUUAAAGCACUGAGGAAAAGUGUUGUCGCAAGGGAGUCUGAAAGAGCUGAACGGGCAACGCUGGUAACUCAGGAAAAGCUUAUACUUGCUGGUAAUAAAUUCAAGCCAGUAAGAUUGUCUGACUUGUGGAUUCGGCCUGUUUUUGGUGGUCGGGGAAGGAAGCUGAGUGGCACCCUUGAAGCUCAUGUUAAUGGUUUCAGGUAUUCAACCUCAAGGGCAGAUGAGAGGGUUGACAUCAUGUUUGGCAACAUCAAGCAUGCCUUCUUCCAGCCUGCUGAGAGGGAGAUGAUUACGCUUCUACAUUUUCACUUACACAAUCACAUUAUGGUUGGAAAUAAGAAAACUAAGGAUGUUCAGUUUUAUAUUGAGGUAAUGGAUGUGGUACAAACACUUGGUGGUGGGAAAAGAUCUGCGUAUGAUCCAGAUGAAAUUGAAGAAGAACAGAGAGAAAGAGAUCGCAAGAACAAAAUCAAUACGGACUUCCAGAACUUUGUCAACCGUGUGAAUGAUCUUUGGGGGCAGCCUCAGUUCAAAGGGUUUGACCUGGAGUUUGAUCAACCCCUAAGGGAACUUGGGUUCCAUGGAGUUCCCUUUAAGUCUGUGGCUUUCAUUGUUCCAACUUCAACUUGUUUGGUUGAGCUGAUAGAAACUCCUUUCCUUGUUAUUACUCUAAGUGACAUUGAGAUUGUCAAUCUAGAAAGAGUGGGUCUGGGGCAGAAGAAUUUUGACUUCGUGGUCGUGUUCAAAGACUUUAAGCGCCCUGUUGCUCGGAUAGACUCAGUUCCUUCCUCAUCACUUGAUGGAAUUAAGGAAUGGCUUGACACCACAGACAUAAAGUAUUAUGAGAGUAGACUGAAUCUUAAUUGGCCAACUAUUCUGAAAAGCAUAACUGAUGACCCCCAGGGGUUUCUAGACCAAGGUGGUUGGGAGUUUCUGAACUUGGAAGCUACCGAUUCAGAUUCCGAGCCUUCUGAAGAGUCAGACCAGGGAUAUGAGCCAUCGGAUGCUGAGCCUGAAUCUGAGUCGGAAGAUGAUGAUUCUGACAGCGCAUCCCUUGUUGAGUCUGAGGAUGAUGAGGACGAGGAGUCGGAAGAAGAGGAAGAGGAUGAGAAGGGAAAGACAUGGGAGGAAUUGGAAAGGGAGGCAACUAAUGCAGAUAGAGAGAAAGGGAAUGAAUCAGACAGUGAAGACGAGAGACGUAGGAGGAAAAUGAAGAACUUUGGCAAGUCAAGAGCUGGUCCAAGUAACAAUGCCCCCAAGAGACCUAAGUUCAGGUAG